AAAAAGGGCAGUCACACAGUCACAGUAGUGCGCCAGGCCAAGAGGAGUCCAGUAAACGUAGUUGUGAAGUGAAUAGAGAAGCGGUCCUAUAUUUACUAGAUAGACUAAAUUUUUAGUAAAUUGGGCUUCGCCCGAUGCUAAACUGACGGUCAAUCAUAAACGUAACUAAACAAAAAUGCGGGAAUACAAGAUCGUCGUGCUAGGUUCAGGUGGUGUAGGUAAAUCAGCUUUAACAGUACAAUUCGUGCAAGGUAUAUUCGUAGAAAAAUAUGACCCAACGAUAGAAGACAGCUAUAGGAAACAAGUAGAAGUUGAUGGACAGCAAUGUAUGUUGGAAAUCCUAGAUACUGCUGGAACGGAACAAUUCACUGCAAUGAGAGAUCUAUACAUGAAAAAUGGCCAGGGAUUCGUUCUGGUCUAUUCAAUUACAGCGCAGUCGACGUUUAACGAUCUCCAAGAUCUCAGGGAACAAAUUCUUAGAGUCAAGGACACUGACGAUGUUCCCAUGGUGUUAGUUGGUAACAAAUGUGAUUUGGAGGAUGAGCGAGUGGUAGGCAAGGAGCAAGGAAGUGGCUUAUCGCGCCAGUUCAACUGUGCCUUUAUGGAAACCUCUGCCAAAGCAAAAAUAAAUGUUAAUGAUAUAUUUUAUGAUCUAGUUCGACAAAUUAAUAAAAAAUCUCCGGAGAAGAAACAAAAACAGAAAAAGAAAUCGCUGUGCGCGCUCCUGUAAAUUAGCUUCACUUGGAACCAAAAAGUACAUUAUAAAAAAUAUUCAAGACUUUAAAAGGUGCAAAAAGUGUGAGGCAAGUGCGGACUUGGGGUGCAACAAAAUAAAGUUUAAGAUUUCAAAUUUAGACAUAGCCCUAUAUAAAUGUUCUUUUAAAAUUUGUCGAUUGAGCUAUUUUGUCUGUCAUUUUUUCCAAAGUUGAGGUGAAAUUGUUAAUUAGCGGCAAUUUAGUGAUAGGGUAUUUAAAAUACUGCCAAUUUGUGGUGUCAAAUAGAAAUAGAUCUUUUGGGAACUCGUCAACAGUACUUGGGAUUUUUAAUAUCAAGAACAAUAAAGAAAUCCAGGGUACUGGACUUGUGAGGAGUGCCUAGCCUACAAAAUCGCAGUUGCAACAACUAUGACUUUGGAGUAAAACUUUUGCUCAGGCUUUACUUCUAUAAGUUUCACCACUGCUUAUUAAAAAAUAAAGCUUAAAUUAAUAAAUUUGUGUAAGUAGAAAUGUGGGAUAUGAUGAAGUUAUUUCUGAAUGUAGUUUGUGACCUUUGUGUCAAUGUGAUAGUAAUCCCCUUGGUGCUUUAACUAGCUGAUGUUUUUCAUCACCUGUUUAAUUUAGUAUCUUAAUUUCCCAAUUAUAAAAUAUUUUCGAAUGAUAAUCAAAUAUUAUUUUAGAUGUAUGUAAUUCAAUGUGUUGAGUCUUCCAUUAAAAUGUUUAGAUGGAUUUAUCAAAAUUUUUAAGCAGUGGUGUUAACAUAGGUUUUUUUGACAAUACAUAUAAUAUUUGUUCGCUCUUACGUUUUUGAUUUUGUUAUAUACUUUUGUUUUUGUCGUUGGUAGAUUUAAAAUUAGCGAUUUUUAAAUUUUUUUGGUUAGGCAGACAGAGUAAGGAAAUGUGAGAAUAAGCUGCAUGGAGUAUUUUUGUGCAAUUUUCAAUUUUUUUAUGGAAGUUCUCAUAAUUAUCUAAAAAACAUACCUAUGAAUUUAUUCUCAAAAUUACAUUGUUUAUUUCUAGAAUUCAUAAUUGCUAAUUGAAAUUAAGAUACAAACGAUUUAACUCAAUGGUUGGUUCCAACUUAAUUAUUUUCACACUUUCUCACUUAUUUCCUAUUAAAAUAUAAGUGUCAAGUCCUCUUCUUUUUUAGCUAUUCAAUAGUAAUUUGAUUGCACUUUUUAAAAAAAAAAAAAAAAUCAAUUUGCCAUGCUUUGUAAAUGUCAAAUUAAUUAUUUUAAAAAUUAACCAUACAUACAAAGGUUUAAUUGACUUCAGAUUGCUAUUUCUAGAAUUUAUAUCGGAUAGAAUAAAUAAUACGUGGUACAUAACUGAUAGCGACCUUAUAUGAUAGUUGCGUAUAUUUUUUCCUAUAUCGAAGUUUCAUACAGUAAAAUUUGAUAAUCCAAUACAAAUUCGUAGUGCAAAUAUAGCAAUUUCUAGUUUCUCCUUUAAAAACUUGAAUACAUCUCGUUGCACUAAGAAUUUUUAAUUUUUGUUUCUUAACCUGCUAGUAUUACAUUCAUUUUAUUAUCCUUAAUUAACAAUAAGAUAUAUAAAUAAAAACCCACACUCAGUUUUAAAAGAUUUGCCUUAGACUUUCUAGACUUAACACUACCCAAUGUUGUGUCUGGUUGAAAUUAUAUGUAUAUAUUUUCUAAUUUCCAAAAAUAUGCAAAAACUGACUCAAUAAGAGCUUUCGUUUUGAUAGAAUCCAAGAAUGUUUUGUUGGAGGCAACAAGAUAUUCUUGGAUUACUCACAUUCCACAAAGCAAAAAUUCAAAUUUGUCAAAUAAAAUAAAAUGGUUGUGUUCACCUAAGGUUUAAAAUCGCUAUUUUUACUCCAUAAUAUUCUGAAAGCGGAUUAAUGAACAGGGUGUAGGCGAUUGGUGGUUAGUAAAAAAAGGCAUAUAACAGCAUGACGGCUAUGUAAUAAACUUUUUCAUUAUAUUUUUCAAUUAAUAAAAGAGAGUGGCUAUGUAUUAUUUGUACAGGGUGACCGAUUUGAACCUACUUUCAAUAAAUGUUAUAUAAAAAAGUGACCUUAUUUUAAAAUUAAUGAUACAAUAAAUGUAUCACUGCCUGCUACAUAUUGCAAUUUCCUGUAUUUAUUUCUAAUAAAUGAUAAAAUUGUUAAUUAAUUUGAUCACAUCACCCUGUACAUAGUAGGUGCCUAUGUAUAUAAAUAAUUGUUCUGUAUUUUUGUCUAGGAUUAUCUUUGAAUUCACAUAGAUUUUAAAUUCACAACACACUUAUAAUAGAUAAUAAUAUAUGUAACUGAACAUAAAAAUGUGUUUAUUUUAUGUAUUUAUAACAAAUAUUGGAAUUUUAUAUUAUUAUUAGUUACGAGUUUGUAUAAAUGUUUCUGUCUUUUAUAAUGGCUUAUCAAAUAAUCUUCUAAAUGUUUUUUUUGGUACUUACUGCAGAAAGUUCCGAUGGUUGAAGACUAGUAAAAACUCAUGGUUAAAACUUUUAACAAAAAGAAAUAACAGCGUUUACGAAAUUAAUGCACAAUAUUAUAUUUUUUAGGUUUAUCAGACAAAUUAAAUAUUUAACUAAUGGCACAAUUGAAAUUUUUCCAUUACUUUCAGUUCCACACCAAAACUUUAAUUUGUACAAAAUGAAUUUAUAUUUCUGUUGCCUUCACUUGAGUUUUCAGUUUUAAUGCAAGUGAAGCAAUUUUGCUGUAAAACAACCUUAUCUUAUUUACUACAAGAAAUAUUGAAAUUGAGGUUACCUUAAAGUUUUGCUGUGGAAACAAUUGCCAUUAGCUAAAAAAACUUUAUUAUUUACAAAAUAUUUUUCUUUUUGAACAAAGUCUUCUGAAAUAGCUACAGAGAAAACUUCUUUUUAUUUGUUGCUUCUUAUAGUCAAAUAUAUAUUUAAAAGAUA